GCGAACCAGUCAAGCAACACGUGGUGGUCGACAGGUCUUGAUGGCUGCCUCUUAACUCACCAUUUAUCACCUGUAACGACCUAAUUACACCCGUUAACGACCCUUCAAGACACCAUAUACCUGUAUUAACUCCCCAAGGUUAUAUUAGAGGACCCGAAACAAUGGCUAGUAUCAAGAGUAAGAAAACCCCAGGGAAGAACGAUCUCUCCGUCAACAAGAGGAAGUCGCAGAAGAUGAAGACGCACGCGGCGAGUCAAGUCAAGAAAAGGCCGUCCGGUACCCAGGAAGCGAAAGGUAAACGUAAGCCUGUAAAGCCCAAGCACGGGAAGAAAACAAACACGGGAAAUCCGAGUCGUAGACAGAAGACGAACGCGAUGGUUACCAAACACGGGAAGAAAACAAACACCGGGAACCCAAAUAAUAAACAGAAGACGAACACGAUGGUUACCAAACACGGGAAGAAAACAAACACCGGGAACCCAAAUAAUAAACAGAAAUCGAAUGCCAGACGGGGGAAAAAAACAAAGGCCGGAAAACCUAAGCCGUCGCUCAAAACGGGGAGGAACAAACUAGGAAAAACAAACACGCGGAAACUCGAAUCCGGGGAGAGAGGUAAAUCCACCAAUCACAGACCAGGAGGUAUAAGCAGCCUAAACAGAAAGAAAUGGAAUCGUAAUGUAGACAAAAACUGGAAGGUAAAUUCUGUCAAUGCCAUGCCUCUGAAAUAUACCCCCAAGGUGAAAAGGAAUUGGGACCGCGAACUCGUAGGGAUUAAAGGAACGAAUAAACGCCGGGAUCUGAAGGACUACAGGAAGAUCUACAGCAGUGCUUCUUCUACGUGGAAUAACAAGAUCUACAGGAAGAGAUUCAGGAGGAGGAAGAUCGACGAGGGACCGCGGGAGAUUGUCAGCGAUGUAACCAAGCUCGUUAAUCUUGAUGUGGUUAAUCAGGCCAUUGGUGGGAUCAGAACGCUCGCUACGAAGGCCAAGGAAAACAAAACAAAGAAGAAUUUACUCGAAGACACCGGCGAACAGGAUGCCAUGAUAUAUUUACAAGUUACUCUCUGCAAACUGCCACAGUUUUCCCAACAACUACGCCUGGCUAACCCUUUGACAAUCAGUGUAAAUCUGCCUCACAGCGUCAACGGGGACGAAGCGGAGGUCAUCCUCAUCACCCGAGACCUAGAGAAGGGCAUUAAGGUCGAUCACGAAGACUCCCUAAACCACUACCUCAGCCUGCUACAAAAACACCAGGCGAAUACUCUCGUUAAUGAGGUUCUUCCGCUCAGACAGUUGAAGGUCGAAUUUAAGGAGUUCGAAGCCAAGAGACUCCUAUCAAAUCGCGUCGACGUUAUUCUCUGCGACGACUCUGUGAUGCGGUUCGUGCCCAAAUUCCUGGGGAAACAUUUUUACAAGCGGAAGAGGACCCCAGUACAGGUGAACCUCAAGGCUGACGACCUGAAGAAAGAGAUCACUCGCGCGUUAUCCGUCUCACAGAUCAAGUUUACCUUUAGGGGCAACUGUGCUCAGAUGAAGGUCGGCCGACUAAGCCAGACAGACGAGCAGAUCGCAGACAACGUGAAAGCGGCCGCCGUGAAAUUGGCCAAUCGCAUUCCCGGAGGCUGGAAGAACGUGCAAAACAUCGGCCUAAAGCUCGGGAAGUCUGCGUCCAUCCCGUUCUUUGCCAGAAUAAACUCCGUGAAGAACGUGACAUUCUUACCCCCUAAGACUGUCAACAUAGUCAAGCGGACAGUAUCUGGCAUCAUCAGUACCCGCCCUAAGAAGGUGGUAACUGUGUACCCCGACGGCAGUGUGGGCGUUUUGGGUAUUAGCAAGAGAACGCUGAAAAGAAUCCCGCCGGACGAGAAGGCUCCGAACAAAGAGGAAUCCAUCGUUAGCGGAGGCAACGACGACGAUGAGGCGAACGAGGCGGUCAGAGGAUUGGGGAAGAGGAAAAUGAUCGAGGAAAUUGAGGAGGAGGAGGAGGAGGAGGAGCCUAAGAAGAGAGGAGGGAAGAAAAUGAAGAAGAAGAAUGAUAACCUUGAAGACGACCUCGAAUCCGACGAAGAUGGUCUAGAAGAGAGAGAAUUGGCCUACCUGAGGAAACGGAGCAGCGGAAGAGACGCCGAAACCACCUCGUUAAAUCAACCCGACGACGACGACGAAUUAGACGUCUGGAACGAAAUAAGCGACGACGAAUCGGAUCUCAGCUUCGACGACAUGUUUUAGCGACGUUUUGGUUUGCUGUGUUUAUCAUCUUAAGGGAUAUGUAUGUCUGUAUGUUAGUCAGUCAGUCGGUCAUUGUAAAAUACAGAAAUAUCUUGCUCGUGGAUUUUAUUUAAUUGUAUAGGGGUUUAUUUACUCUGAAUAAAGAGAAAAUUUUAA